ACAGCGGAAGGAGACGACGGAUUUCCCGCAGGACAAUGUGAGGAGCAGAGAGUUGAUCCAACGCAGUUAGCGACCAGCCAACCAGUCAAGAUGGAAGUUUGGGAUUAAUAAAUUGUUUUGCAGUUGCUUUACAAUCCAGUCGCAGUGGAAUAUUUUCAUUUCUAUCGAAGGAAACAGCCGCAGCGAUGGGAAUACUGCGCUGAGGCGAAAGCGGCGACAGGGCCAAGAAAAGGGAGAAAGAUGGGUGUCGUGCUGCGGACUCUGUUGUUUAGUAGUUUUUGUUUUCUCAUACGAGCCGUGCCUCUGCUGCUAUAUGCCAACAGACGAGACCUCCGGGUUGUGGAUGUGGCGCAUGAGAAGGCCAAUGCCACAGUGGUGGUUGGUGGGCUGGAAGAUGCUGCUGCAGUGGACUAUGUCUUCUCACAGGGUUUUAUCUAUUGGAGCGAUGUGAGUGAGGAGGCUAUUAAACGCACUGUCUACAACCAGUCAGGGGCCAGUGUGGUACAGACGGUUAUCGCAGGUUUGGCCUCACCAGAUGGACUUGCUUGUGAUUGGUUAGGAAAUAAACUUUAUUGGACAGACUCAGAAACCAACCGAAUUGAAGUAUCAGAACUGGAUGGAUCUCUGAGAAAAGUCCUAUUCUGGCAAGAGCUGGAUCAGCCCCGGGCCAUUGCUCUGGAUCCAACACGAGGGUAUAUGUACUGGACAGAUUGGGGUGAGAUUCCCAAAAUUGAAAGGGCCGGAAUGGAUGGGACCAAUCGUUCCAUUAUCAUUGAUAAAGAAAUCUUUUGGCCCAAUGGGCUAACUCUGGACUACAGUCAGGAGAAAUUGUACUGGGCUGAUGCCAAACACAACUUUAUUCACCGCUCCAAUCUUGACGGCUCCUCCAGAGAGGUGGUCGUCAAGGGAGACCUGCCCCAUCCGUUUGCCCUGACGCUCUUUGAGGACACGCUGUUCUGGACCGACUGGAACACCCACUCCAUUCACUCGUGUCAGAAACAGACAGGUGGUGAACAGCGAAUUGUUCACUCAAAUAUUUUCUCCCCUAUGGACAUCCACGUCUUCAGCCCCAAAAGACAACCUGUUGUGCCAUCUCCCUGUUCAGUAAAUAAUGGCGGCUGUUCCCACCUCUGCCUGCUGGCUCCAACAAAGCCCUUUUACCAGUGUGCCUGUCCCACCGGAGUCCAGCUACUAGAAGAUGGGGCGACCUGCAGAAACGGUGCAACUCAGAUGCUGCUGUUGGCGCGAAGGACUGAUUUACGCCGCAUCUCUCUGGACACACCAGACUUUACAGAUAUUAUCAUGCAGGUGGAUGACAUUCGUCAUGCUAUUGCCAUUGAUUACGAUCCAGUGGAAGGUUACAUCUACUGGACAGAUGACGAUGUCAGGGCCAUCCGCCGCUCUCGGCUGGAUGGCAGUGAGGCUGAGUUUGUGGUCACAUCUCAGGUCAGUCAUCCUGAUGGCAUCGCAGUGGACUGGAUAGCACGGAAUCUGUACUGGACGGACACAGGGACGGACCGCAUUGAGGUGACCAGGCUCAAUGGGACCAUGCGCAAGAUUCUCAUAGCUGAAGAUUUGGAUGAGCCCAGAGCUAUUGUCCUGGAUCCAGUGGCUGGUUAUAUGUACUGGACUGACUGGGGUGAAGUGCCAAAGAUCGAGCGCGCUGACUUGGAUGGGAUGGAGCGCGUUGUGAUGGUCAACACAUCGUUGGGCUGGCCCAAUGGUCUUGCCCUUGAUUAUACUGAUCGCAAAAUCUACUGGGGAGAUGCCAAGACAGAUAAGAUUGAGGUUAUGAACAUGGAUGGAACAAACAGACGGGUGUUGGUGGAGGACAAACUUCCUCACAUUUUCGGUUUCACGUUGCUCGGGGACUAUAUCUACUGGACCGACUGGCAGCGGCGCAGCAUCGAGCGCGUGCACAAACACACUGCGGAGCGCGAAUUCAUCAUUGACCAGCUUCCUGACCUGAUGGGCCUCAAAGCCACAUAUGUGCACGAAUCCUUUGGGACAAACCCAUGUGCUGAGAAUAAUGGAGACUGCAGUCACCUGUGCCUGUACAAGCCUCGGGGUGUGCAGUGCGGCUGCCCCAUCGGCCUUGAGCUCAUAUCUGACAUGCAAACAUGUAUUGUCCCUGAGGCCUUCCUGCUCUUCUCUCGUCAUACUGAUAUCCGUCGCAUUUCCCUGGAGACCAACAACAACAAUGUUGCCAUUCCACUCACUGGGGUCAAAGAGGCUUCAGCUCUUGACUUUGACGUCACUGACAAUCGCAUCUAUUGGACUGAUAUCACAUUAAAGACAAUCAGCCGAGCAUUCAUGAACGGAAGCUCUCUGGAGCAUGUGGUGGAGUUUGGGCUGGACUAUCCAGAGGGAAUGGCUGUGGAUUGGCUGGGAAAGAACCUGUACUGGGCUGAUACCGGCACUAACCGCAUCGAAGUGGCCAAGUUAGAUGGACAACACCGCCAGGUCUUGGUCUGGAAGGACCUGGACAGCCCCAGAGCUCUAGCUCUGGACCCAGCUGAAGGGUACAUGUACUGGACGGAGUGGGGUGGAAAGCCAAAAAUUGACCGAGCAGCCAUGGAUGGCACAGGUCGCAUCACGCUGGUGGCUGAUGUAGGUCGAGCCAAUGGACUUACGAUUGACUAUGCAGAACGGCGCCUCUACUGGACAGACCUAGAUACUACACUAAUAGAGUCAUCUAACAUGCUAGGUCAGGACCGGGAGGUGAUAGCCGAUGACCUGCCUCACCCCUUUGGGCUCACACAGUACCAGGACUACAUUUACUGGACAGACUGGAGCCAGCGCAGCAUAGAACGUGCCAACAAGACCAGUGGGCAGAACCGCACCCUCAUUCAAGGCCAUUUGGACUACGUUAUGGACAUCCUGGUCUUCCACUCCUCACGGCAGGGGGGUUGGAACGCAUGUGCCUCUACCAAUGGCCACUGCUCCCACCUCUGUCUCGCAGUCCCUGUCAGCAGCUACGUCUGUGGAUGUCCAGCCCAUUUCUCCCUCAACUAUGAUAACAAAACUUGCAGUGCCCCAACAUCAUUUCUGCUGUUUAGUCAGAAAACGGCAAUUAACAGGAUGGUAAUAGAUGAACAGCAGAGUCCAGACAUUAUUCUCCCAAUUCACAGUCUGAGAAAUGUGCGUGCCAUUGACUAUGACCCGUUAGACAAACACUUGUAUUGGAUCGACUCAAAGCAAAAUGUUAUCCGUCGAGCUCAAGAGGAUGGAAACCAGAGUAUGACAGUGGUGUCUACCUCACUUGGCGGACCUACUCAAGGCCUACAGCUUUAUGAUCUCAGCAUUGACAUCUACAGUCGCUUUAUUUAUUGGACAAGUGAAGUCACCAAUGUCAUAAAUGUUACCCGGACAGAUGGAAGUAGAGUGGGAGUUGUCCUCCGGGGGGAACAUGAUAAACCUAGAGCCAUUGUGGUCAACCCUGAGAGAGGGUACAUGUACUUUACUAAUCUGCUAGAAAGAUCUCCAAAAAUUGAACGUGCAGCACUAGACGGGACAGAACGGGAGGUGUUGUUCUUCAGCGGAUUGGGAAAACCGGUUGCUUUAGCCAUAGACAAUGAAGUUGGGAAGCUAUUCUGGGUGGACUCCGAUCUGAGGCGCAUUGAGAGCAGCGACCUGUCUGGUGCCAACCGCAUCGUGAUUGCAGACUCAAACAUAUUGCAGCCUGUUGGGCUAACAGUGUUUAGGAACCAUUUGUACUGGAUAGACAAGCAGCAGCAGAUGAUUGAACGCAUAGACAAGACCACUCGAGAGGGGCGUACCAAGAUACAGGCCCGCAUUCCUUAUCUGAGCGACAUCCAUGCUGUCCAUGAGUUGGAUAUGAGAGAGUACAGUAAACACCCCUGCACAUGGGACAAUGGUGGCUGCUCCCACAUAUGUAUUGUGAAGGGGGAUGGGACCACUCGCUGCUCCUGUCCCAUUCACCUGGUGCUGUUGCAAGAUGAGCUUUCCUGUGGAGAGCCCCCCACCUGUUCACCGGAGCAGUUCUCCUGCACUUCUGGAGAGGUCGACUGCAUCCCUCAGGCCUGGCGCUGUGAUGGCUUUGCUGAAUGUGAUGACAGCAGUGACGAGGACGACUGCCCGGUCUGUUCUGAGUCUGAGUUUCAGUGUGACAGCCGCCAAUGCAUCGAUAUGAGCCUACGCUGCAAUGGAGAGAUCAACUGUCAAGACAGUUCAGAUGAGAACAAGUGUGAAGUUCGUUGUCCCCCUGAUCAGUUCAGCUGUUCAAAUGGCCAGUGCAUUGGAAAACACAAAAAGUGUGAUCAUAACAUGGAUUGUACUGACAAUUCGGAUGAACUUGGCUGUUACCCAACAGAGGAGCCGCCUCCCCCUCCAAACAACACUAUCAGUUCAAUUGUGGGUGUGGUCUUGGCACUCUUUGUCGUUGGUGCCAUUUACUUUGUGUGCCAGCGCGUCCUCUGUCCACAGAUGAAGGAUGACAGUGAAACGGUAACAAAUGACUUUGUGGUACACGGACCAUCCUCCUUGCCACUUGGAUAUGUGCCACACCCUGGCUCCCUGUCCAGCUCUCUCCCAGGUAUGUCUCGAGGGAAGUCUAUGAUUGGCUCCCUCAGCAUCAUGGGCGGGAGCAGCGGCCCACCAUAUGACCGCGCACAUGUGACUGGUGCCUCAUCCAGCAGUUCCUCCAGCACAAAGGGAACCUACUUCCCCCCAAUCCUGAAUCCUCCACCGUCCCCUGCAACCGUCCGCUCUCAAUACACUAUGGAGUUUGGUUAUUCUUCAAACAGUCCUUCAACACACAGAUCGUACAGCUAUCGACCAUACACUUAUCGACACUUUGCCCCACCCACCACCCCUUGCAGCACUGACGUGUGUGACAGUGACUACACACCAGGCCGCCGGGUGCCACUCAAAUCCAGUGCUGCAGCAAAGGGCUACACCAGCGACCUCAACUACGACUCAGAGCCGUUCCCGCCUCCGCCCACGCCCCGCAGUCAGUACCUGUCUGCGGAGGAGAACUGUGAGAGCUGCCCGCCUUCGCCAUACACAGAGCGCAGCUACUCUCAUCACCUCUAUCCCCCUCCGCCCUCACCCUGCACGGACUCCUCGUGAGCCUCUCCCCCCCCUCCACACAGCUCCAUCCCCUCACUGUAAAUAGCAAUUGUGCAUAUCUGAGGUUAAAAAUGGGAAAGAGAGACUGAUCAAGGAGGACAACGUAAGGAGAAAAGAAAACCGGGAGCUGCAGAACAUUUGUACAUUUAAAAAGAGAGAAGCAUAUUUAUAUAUUUUCUAUACAGUGUUUACUGAUAAUGCCAUAGAGGUUUGUAUUAAGAAAUUUGUACAUUUUUUAAGAAAAGGUUUUAUUAAAAUUAUCACAAAUAUAAGUUGCCUUAAACUAGAAGAAAGAGGCUGAAGGACAAAAAGCUCACAGCAGGACGUUUAACUUAUCUAAUGCCAAAUAAUGAAAACAGCAGCAACCAUAUGUGAUGAGCGCCCCCCAAAGGCUCCUCCUCGCUGCUGCAGCCAUGUGUGGUUACCAUGGAAACUGGAGGAGCAGGUGGAACCAUAAUGUGGUACAGUCUUUGAUUUAGAUUUACCUCCUUUCAUUUACCAAGCGGUUCAUUCGAGUACCUUUGCUAUGUAUGUGAGUCAUGCAGAGCCAUACCACUACAACACCAAGCGGCACAUAUUCUGCCUGAAAACCCUGUUGAGAAAGCAGGUCGUGGAUAGUAUUGUUUACAUCCAAAAUUCAUCACCGAAAAAUGCGGUAAUCACUAAUACUACUUUCUGCAGUCUAAAUUAAAAUAUAACUUGAGCUUAAACAAACUGUAUAUAAUAUUGAAAAAGAUUGUUACAUUGUUAUAGUUUAGGCUCAAGCUUAUUAUUGGCAAUUUCUCAUUUGCAUAAAAUUAGUAGUUAAAGCAGUGGUACGAAAAAAAAAUAACACAACUGGUACAGACAGACCAAAACUAACUUUACACUAAUCUCUAUGCACUUAAUGAUUUUUGGGACUAUUUAUGCCCCACACCUAAACAGAAGCUUAUGUAAAACAAAUAUAAUUCUCUAAAUGUGUAAAUUGUCUUCAUGUUUUUGUCUAGGCUUUUACACAACAUGGUUUUGGACCAGGCAGAUAUCUAUACCUCCCCUCCAGUUAUGACUAGUGACAUUCAAAGUCAAAUGAACGUUUGUGUGAAUGCUUGACUGCCACCAUUUGUUGUAAGGGUAGAACUACCUAAACCUGUACAGUGAGGAGGGAGGCAGUGUUUAGGUGGACAACGCAAUCUUGUGCCUGACCAGUUUCACAUUGUCAUGUUUUGUUUAUUUUUACGUUGAGGAAAAACAGAAAACCAGUGCCCAUUAAAUGCUACAUACUAUUUUUAUACUGCAUACUGUGUAGAUACAUGUAUAAGCUAUAUAGAAAAUCAUUGUAAAUCUAUCCAUUGAAAUCUUGCAGUACAUCUUUUUAAUAUUGCCUCAUUAUAUUUUUCUACAAAAUAUCACUUCAGAUGUUCGACAAUCUCCAAUCAAUACAUUGAGUAACAUAUUCAGGUUUUAGUAUCUGUUCAAGUUUUAUCAGUCAGCUGUUUCGACUGAUGUGCCAAAAUAACUUUGACCAGUGUGGAGGCCGGUAACAGUCUGGGACCAGAAGUGAACAUGGCAUCGACUCUGUUGCCUUGACGAUUUUACUGUAUCUGCAAUGUCCUUUUGUAAAUCUAUGUCAUGUCUUUCUGUUUUUCGUGACCACAAAAUCUCUAUUUUUGAAGGUUUAACUUUAUGCCUUGUCCAAUCGUCUAUGGGACUUAUUUCCCAGUCAGUCCCUCUUCUAAAUGUAAAGGUGCCAUCAAAGAGAAAACUACACCAGCAUGAGUGACAAUCUUUAUGCGUAAUUUCAUAAUCAUGUUUUUUGCAUUGCAUCUCAUUUCAUUUAAGAUUUACGCUGUUAAUCUUCAAGAUCAAAUAAGUCUGGGUUUGGUUUAAAAAAAAUAAAACAAUUACCAACUUGAUGUCAGGGCAGCUAUAGGUCAAAAUUAAUCUAACCCUAUUUUAAUUGGUAGAAAACAUAUGAAGCUAAUGGAUAUUUUGUUUUAAGAAUUAAGAGCAUCCAAGAAUUUUUUUUUUUUUUUUAAAUGUCCAUACCCAGUAUUAGUAUCAGUAGUGGACACAAUGAACAAAAGCAACAUAUGACAAUAUACUGUUUUAGUUAAUGUCUCAAAUGCAUAAAUGUAUGUUUUCUCAAUAAUGGAAGAAAUACAGUUACAAAGGAGGAUGAUGCCAAAUGUUCAUGUCAUGUUUAUAUCUGUGUUGAGCUACCUGUGGUACAGUCAUUAACAGACACAUCAAAUGUACUUAAGCAAUUUUCAGGAUGAGGUUCUCAUGUGAUAACUGCACUUUACAGUACUUAUAUUCUGGUACCAAACGCAGUUGUGGUGCAGCUGGAGAACUGUGCAAAGCUGGUUCUCGUUUUCUUGUUUGUCCCAAUAGAUGACGACUUUUUUUAAACAUGAUUAUAUAAAAUGUACAAAAGAAAUUGUACUGUCAAAUGUUGAAAUCCUAUCAAAGUUUUUAAGAAGCACUUUGAGAUAUUUUGGAUGUUAAACAGGUCAUUUGUCAUCAUUUAUUUGGAUACCAACAUUUCUUUGCAAGGAAAAGAAAUGGCCAACAUUUCAUUAUUGAUAAAAUGUCUGUUUUUUUAUUUUUCGUCAAUCGUUUGCUUUGCCUGUAAACAGAUUUACUUGUAUAGCCCAUCCAGCUGCCACCAUAAGCUGUAACUCAUUAAUUGCUGUGUUUUCCUCCUUAUUUUGUUAAAUACAAGUGCUUGAACUUGA